UUAUUCACAGUUUAGUUUUUGGAAAAACCUUCUUUUUGAAUUUCCUACAAUUUCCAUCAAAAAACAUGUAUUUUAUUAUUACAUAGGUCAAACUGUGUAAAGUUCACUUUCAUAAAACAAUUUUAGUGAUGCAGUACAUUUGAAUUAGGCCUAUAGUUACUUUGAGCCUGUUGUGGCAAUUUAAUGUCAUGCAGUACCAGUAAAUGUAUUUAUGCUUACUGACAACUGUUAUUGCCACCAAUAGCUUUUGACAAGGCUAUUUUCUAUAUGAGAUGAAAUUGCAGUUAGGGCUGUACACAAAUUAAAUUUAUUCUUUGUAUGAAUUGUAGCAACAUACAACGAUGCAAGAGAGCAUCUUCGAAAAGCUGAAGAAACAUCAAACCUCGAAAGUGAAGAAGAAAUUGGGGUGAAGAGAAAAAGGAAGGCAAAGGACAUAAUGUUGCCAGGAGAAGAAUCGAGCGAUGAAGAUUACAUGCCGAAGAAAAAAUGUAAGACCAACCGUGUCACAGUUCAUCCGUAUCCAUCUCUUGAUUCUUUUUCAGCUUCAUUCUCAUCCUCACCAUCUACUGGUAUGGAAGUUCAUGAAAUGUGGUCUUCCAUCCCUCCAAAUUCAUUAACUCCUAGGCCUAGUUCAUUCUCCAAUGCCAAAAUUCCUCCAGCACCACUUGCUUCAGCACCACUUGCUUCAGCACACUGCCCGAGAAAAGAAAAAUCUGCACCACUGGAUGUUGAGCAGAUCUGGCUCAUUCUUGGCCAGUUACAAGCUGCAGCAGCUAGCCAGUCUGAGGAAAUCUCUCAGCUGAACAGAAAAAUUGACCUGUUAUUGGCUCGAGGAUGUGUCAACAGUACUUAUCAGGAGGCGGAUGAAAGUAAUGAGCAGGCACUAAACAGUCUCCCUUCAUCAUCAAUGGAAGAAUUUGAUGAAUUUGAGGAAAAAUUGAAACAACAGGAAUUCAAAAGUCUUGUGGUAAUUUGUCCAACUAUUAUUUUAUCAUAAACAUUUAGCAAUAUCAUUAAUGAUCCUUGCUAGAAAACAGAUUUUUUGACUUAACACGAGGUAUUGCACUCA